AUGUUCGGACCCUUCCGCUUAACAAACCCGCUAUCCGGUGGUCUCCUCUGGAAAAUCCCCUGGCGCCUCUCCCGCCACCAAAAGUACAGACAACGCGAACGCCUGCGCAACGUCGAUUCCGUCGUGGCAACUCUCGAUACCGCACUCGCGCGCCAGGGACAGAGCAUGAAGAGGGUUGUACGAUGGAAGAUGGAAAUGCCGACCGAGGAGGAGAUGCUGCCCAAGGAUAAAUAUACGGUGUUUGAUCGGAAAGUGAAGAGGUAUCGGAAGGGAAUUCAUAAGGUUCCGAAGUGGACGAGAGUGAGCCAAAGGCUGAACCCCCCGGGUUUCUAGACGGGCGGAUCGAGAUAUAAAAGGAGAGGGAUUGUACAUUAUAUGUUCUAAACAGGCACUUUAAAAAAAGAUAUAUACAACAAAGCGAUGGCAUUCUUGGUUUACACUUCGC